GAAAUCCUGGAGGGAUUCUUUUAAGACUCUAUGUUCCAAUUCAAUGCCAACAAAUGUGUUUUUGUCCUAGUAUUUUGCAGUAAAGAAUUGAGAAGAUGUAUGAAGACCAUUCUCACUGUGUGAGCUGUGUUAACCAGAGAUGCAUGAUCAGACCACAGCUGGGCUACUCCUGCGAUCUUAUCGCCUGCCCACAGGUGUGCGGGGCCAUCUUUCACUCCUGCAAAGCAGAGGAGCACCACCUCCAGUGCCCUCUUUUGAGAGUCCCUUGCCUGAACAGUGCCUAUGGCUGCCCUGCCACUGUGGUGCGCCAACAAACGUACGCACAUUUAGAGGUGUGUCCUGCCGGGGUGGUGCACUGUAUUAUGGAGCGCAUCAAGUUAAGUGGUGUUGCGCCACCGGUCGAGAGGGGUUCGCUGAGCCCAGAGAGUAAGGUUGUGAGGGUAAUAGAACCAACUGUCCCGUUCUCGUCACAAUCUUCAUCCUCCGCAGAAUCUGCGAGAGAGAGAAUCAUUAAUGGAAUUAUUGGACUGAAUGCGCAGAACGACACUAAGCUGCACAAGGCCACUUUGGAGACAGCGAGGAGCUUGGCCACCGCUUUGGAGUUGGUCAGCAGUGCCAGUGCCCCCGAUAGCUGCACUGAAGGCAUGAGAGCAGAGGCCAUUCUCCAGGCGAGUAGACUGGGCCGCCUCGUGCAGCGUGGGCUGAGCGCAAAUGGGUGUCAGGAAGAAAGAGGAACUCCCAUGCACAUCAGCAAGGGAGUGGCGCAAAGGGCUGGUCAUGUGGUGCUACAAGAAAGGGGGCUGGUCCCAGAAAGCCACAAGCCUGAGUGGAUGCCGCACAGCUGUCAGGGUUUUGACCAUGACAAGUCUCUGUGUCGAUCACAAGCUAAGAUGGAGGACAAAGCUGAUCUGGAACAGGAUGACGACCCCAUGGAACUUGAAGAAAUUGAUGUCAUCACAGCACAGGAGAACAUCUUCUGCCUGGAAAAGUCCAGAGACUCUCAGAAGAUCUCGGAUACGUUUGGUAUUGACAGAAGACACGUUGAUUUCGGUACACAGACCUUCUCUUUUUUAGCGGCCCGCAUAGAUGACUACAUAAUUUCCGGCGGCUUGGCCGUCGCCACCCAUCCCAGAUCAGAUGGCUACCGAUGGCGUGGUCGCCUCCUGAAAGAAAUCUACGCUCAGUCUUUUCGCCGGGAUCAGUUCUCCUCGCAUUUCACUAAUGUCCACGGUGACAUUCAGCCUGGUCUCAAUGGGUGGAUAGCGCAUCGUUGCCCCCUCGCUUUUUACGGCUGCCCCUUCUCCCAGCAGAGGUUUUACCCCUCGCGUCCAGGGGCCGAGGUGAUCUUUGACAGGCGGCUCAGGUCCUUCGGAGUCCAGCCGUGUCCCGGUUCAAAACCUUCAGGCGAUUCCCAGUCCAACCUGUUCAGCGGAUUACCCCAUGAGAUACUGUGGCACAUAACUGGCUUCCUGGACAGUUUCAGUCUGUGCCAGCUGUCUUUAGUAUCCCGGACCAUGAGGGACGUGUGCAGCGGUCUCCUCCAGACCAGAGGCAUAGUGGAGCUGCAGUGGGAGAAGACACAGUGCUCCAGUGGGCGCAGGGCGGUUUCGUGGCAGAUUAAACACAAAGUGUGGAGAUUCAGCACUGCUUUCACCCCAGUGCUGAAAUGGGGCUGCAGCGACGUCCCCAGCAUGGCCAAGCACCUCCAGAAGUGCCACUACAACACAGUAGAGCACAGGGCCGAGCCCGUGGCCCUCCCUGCUCUGUGUCCCGAGCUGGACGGCUUCUUGCUGAGUCCCACCCUGCACCACGCCUCUGGCCGGUACCGGACCCAUCCACCAUAUUGCUCGGUUUAA